AAGAAGGGAAAUGCUAAGGGGGCCCAGAGCCAUGGAUCGAGAGCUUGCCCCAUCAGAGACCAGAGCCGAGAUCUGCCCAGGAGCUGGGAUGCUUUCCUGAGCUGUUUGGGUUGGAGCCUGGGACCCAAGAUCCGGGCAGCUAUUCCAGGAACUGGAAGCCAAGCACAACAGGUGCUCGGGAGGCCAUCAUGAUCAGCCCAGACCCUAGGCCUGCCUCUGGCUUGGCCCGGUGGGCUGAGAGCUACGAGACCAAGUACGAGCGCCGGCAAGAGACCCGUGAGAGCCGCCGCUGCCGCCCCAAUGUGACCACUUGCCGCCAGGUGGGGAAGGUGCUGAGGACCCAGCAGAGGGAACAUCUCCAGAGGGCACGACAACAGCAGUUUUUCAGACGGAGGAACCUGAAGGUGGAAGAGAAAGGCGAGGCACAGAGCCCGCAGGCCGGGGAGCCAGGUCCCUCCAGGAGGCAAGGCCAGGCGACCGACCUCAAGGAGCCCUUGUCUUGGGCCAACAGGAUUUCUUCCCCCAGACAGCAGGUGUCAGGGACCAGCUCCGAGGUCUUUGCAACCCAACACCAGCCUCCCUCAGGCUCCUGGAGGGAUCCGGCUGACCACAUCCCCUCCCAGGCUGGGGGCCUUCCACCACAGGACGCUCCCAUCAAGAAGCCACCCAAACACCACCGUGACACUCAGACAAAGGCAGAAGAAACACAGCCAACAAUUAAGCACGAUGCCAGUCAGCAAACCAAUUAUGGAGUUGCAGUUCUAGAUAAGGAAAUCAUCCAGCUUUCUGAGUACCUCAAAGAGGCCCUACAGAGGGAGCUGGUUCUAAAACAGAAAAUGGUGAUUCUCCAAGACCUACUGUCUGCCCUGAUUCAGGCCUCUGACAGCUCUUGGAAGGGCCAGCUUAAUGAAGACAAACUGAAGGGCAAACUGAGAUCUUUGGAAAACCAGCUGUACACCUGUACCCAGAAAUACACUCCUUGGGGAAUGAAUAAGGUGCUAUUAGAGAUGGAAGACCAGAAAAACAGCUAUGAGCAGAAGGCCAAGGAGUCACUGCAGAAAGUGCUGGAGGAGAAAAUGAGUGCAGAACAGCAGCUGCAGAGCACACAGCGGUCCCUGGCUCUGGCCGAGCAGAAGUGUGAAGAGUGGAAGAGCCAGUACGAGGCUCUGAAGGAGGACUGGAGGACCCUGGGGACCCAGCACAGGGAGCUGGAGAGCCAGCUCCACGUGCUUCAGUCCAAACUGCAGGGAGCAGACAGUAGAGACUUACAGAUGAACCAGGCCCUAAGGCUUCUGGAGAACGAGCGCCAGGAGCUGCAGACCAAGACUGAACGCCUGCAGCGGGACAGAGACCUGUGCAGCUCGGAUACCCAGCACCUACAAGAUCAACUAAAGAGGUCAGAGGAGGAGAAACUUGCCCUGGUGACCAAAGUACAGCAGUUGCAGAGUCUGCUUCAGAAUCAAUCCUUACAGCUUCAAGAACAGGAGAAACUCUUAACAAAGAAAGAUCAGGCUUUGCCUGGGUGGAGUCCAAAGCCCUCCCAUAACGGUGGUCCAGGGAAGGAGAAGGACUGGGAUUUCAGAGACCAGCUCCAAAAGAAAACUUUGCAGCUCUUGGCCAAGGAAAAGGAGUGCAAAGAACUGCAUUCAGAAUUAGACAACCUCAGUGAUGAGUAUCUCUCCUGCCUGCGUAAGCUGCAGCAUUGUCGAGAAGAGCUGAACCAGAGCCAGCAGCUGCCUCCCAGAGUAAGAGGGCAAUGUGGCCGAUGGCUUCUGAUGCUGAUGGCACUGAUUGCUAUAGCAGUGGCAGUGUUCCUGGCCAAUAAGGACAGCCUGAAGCUCUGAAUAACUGGUGACAGCUGCCUUGGGUGAAAAUCAGAAGCAAGAAAUUCAGUAAAAAACUCAGGUCUGGGUACUUUAAUGUGUGGGUUUUUCCAACUCAACUGAGAUU